UCAUGGUCGGGUUAUGGCAGCUUAGGAAGGAGGCUGAUGGCGAUAUACAGAAAUUUAUAAGAGUGAAAGAGACAAAAGCCCGCAAGAUGCCAUACAUUAAACUGUCAAUCAUAUUGUCAAGAGUGCUAGUAAACAACGUCGUUUUCUUAUUGUAAAAGUUUUUUAGAGUGAAUAAUUGUGUUUAUUAAGUGUUUAACGGAGGUGUAAGACGUUUUUACGUAUAGUUAACAUGGUGGGGUGUUCAGUGGUUACCUGCAAAAGCAAUAGCUUGCGAAAAGAAGCGGGUGUAACAUUUCAUGCCUUUCCGACGGAGGAUGAAAUAGUUAAGGAAUGGAUUGCGGGAACUGGAAAAUCUAAUUGGAUGCCUCACAAAUACUCGCGUAUUUGUUCAAAACAUUUUGAACAACAUUGUGUCCGCAAACUGGGGAAACGAACUUUCAUUGAAAAGUUUUCUGUUCCAACCUUGUUCAUACACAAAUUCCCUGUAUCUCAUGGACUUCGAGCAGAGCCGUCACCUAUUAAACCUAUGGACUGCCAAAGUCAGCCUGCUAUGCAUGAGCAAGUGCACAGCAUGACAACAAAUUUCAUUGAAUGUUCUAAAAUCAAUGAUAAAUCAGUGCCGAUUAUGACAACUAGAAAAUUAAAACUUACUUUGCAAUUGAAUCAAAAAACGCUUCUAGCCGAGUCACGUCGAAAAAAAAUUGAAGCAUUGAGAUCUAAAAGCCGGCGACUUCAAAAGAGAAAUGCGGAGUUAGCAGCUAUUUUAGAAGAUUUACAAAAAAAAGAUUUAUUAACCAAGAAUCAGCGGACCUACUAGCAACUCUGAACCCAAACAAGUUGGAUUUUUUGAGGCCGAAUAAAAGCAAAUUCUCCCCAGUAAUCCGCAAAUUGGCACUGAAUUUGCAUUUCAUUAGCUCCCGUGCGUACAAUUUUGUGCGGAAACAUUUCAAUACAUGUUUGCCUCAUACGCGAACAUUAUCGAGGUGGUAUCAAACUGUUGAUGGGGAGCCUGGUUUCUCGUCAGAAUCUUUGGCGGCCCUGAAACUUUCUAAUAAAUGGCAUCUCUGCUGAACAAAAAGCAUCGUUGGUCAAAAUGUGUAUAGACUUAGUGAGUGAAUGCGGGAUCGAAAUUGUUGCUUUAACUUUUGACGGCUGUCCAGCUAACUUUUCAAUGGCCAGAGUAUUAGGUUGUAAAUUGAACUCAGAGUUGAUAGAUCCAGUAUUCACGCACAAAGGUAAGAAAGUAGCGAUUUUUCCGGAUCCGUCCCACAUGUUAAAACUUACGAGAAACACUUUAGGUGACAAGUCAUUUCUAAUUGACGGCGAAGGAAAAACAAUAGAUUUUGACUUUAUAAGACGUCUUGUAGAUCUCCAAGAAAACGAAGGAUGUCAGUUGGCUAACAAAAUAAGAGGAGCUCACAUAAAUUACAAAAAGCAGAUCAUGAAAGUCAAACUGGCUGCCCAAAUAUUCAGUGAGUCCGUUGCAAAUGCAAUUGAGUAUUGUAAAGAUAACUUACAACUAGAAGAAUUUAAAAACUCGGAAGCGACAUUAGAGUUCAUACGAAAAAUCAACUCCUUGUUGACCGUUAUCUUAAAUGAUACUUACGAUUACAUGAAGUCCUUAAAACUUGGAACAACUAAUAUUGUAAACACCCAACGAAAAACUGGAUUUUUGGGUUUCAUGAUAGCCAUUAAAAGCUUUAUUUAUAUAUAUUAUUUCUAGUAAGUAAAAGUUUUGAAUAAAGAAAUUACCUCUUU